UUAACAUUUUAGUAAGUAAGUAAAGUUGUGAUACAAAUGAUUCAGGCUCAGAUGUACCGCUUUUCUUGGGAUAUGCUCAUCGUAAGCAGUGCGAUUUUCAUUUCACUAAGUGUUGUGUCAGCCAGCGAGCAACGAAAGUGCCACUGGUGUGGUCCACUAGCCGAACAGGUGCAUCGCAGCCGCAGGGCGCUACCCUGCGACACCAGUCAGGACACCAAUCAUGUUACCGUUUGUGAUCCUGGAUAUCCAUAUUGCGCAGUUGUAGUCACAUCGCCACCGUACAUCGAGUCAAGAUACUGUGUCAAAAUUUAUCAAGACGAGUGUUAUUCAAUAUUUUGCAAUUCAACAAAAAAAUGGCGGAUGACCUGUCCGUGUCAUGGAGAUCUCUGCAACGGUAUACACACUGAGCGAGAGAAUCUGGCGUUUCGAGUUAUCCUUCCCAAACUUGUUGCCAAAACACAUAGUUCUAAAAUUAAAAAAAGAACAAUAUUGACCUCCCAAUCUCUUAUCGGAUCAGAGGAAUAUAAACUACAGACACCGAAGGAAGCUAUUAUAGCAAACGACGUUUUUAAUGAAACUGAUAAUACUAAUGUUACUGAAGAAUCUGAUGAACAAAAAAAGAAUGACGUUGUUAUGGCAAUAAUUGAUAAUAACCUUACUGAGUCACUAAUACAAGAUCCGAUUAAUGAAGUCAAAACAGUUGACGACGAUAAUUCAAUUGACAAAAUACACAUUGAACUUACUACUAAAAUAAACAAUGUCAAAAAUAAAGAAAACGAUUUAACAACAUAUGCAACUGAAGCACCAAUGAUGACCACGGCGAAAAUACGAAACGAUAAAUCCAUAAUUAAUACUGAAGUAAAACCUAGCGAAGUGUUACCAACUGCAAAAGCACUUCAACAAAAUGUCAGCCCCGUCUAUACAAUGGAAAACCAAGAUAUUGGACAAAUUACUACCGAAUCAACGUCCAUCACCACAUCUGUAACUCUCUCAACCACAUCUAUAACUCAUACAGAAAUAAAUAAAAUAAAGCCGACAUCGUCAUUAAAGAAGAACAAUGCAGAACAACAUUUUUCACAUUUCUUUAUAAUAAUAGUAAUCUGCUUAAAUAUUAUUAUUUUUUAAAAAUAAAGUAAUUUAAUAAUUAAUUUUAUAUAAAAGAUAUUGAUCUCUUACAAUUUUAACUGUACGCCAGACAUGAUUAUACUUACAAUAUAUUCGCGAUAC